AUUUUGUUAGAUCUACAUAUUUUCCUUUCAUUUCUGCAUAUUUUCUCCAGAUUUCAGUUUCAAAAUGCGUGAAAUCCUUCAUAUUCAAGGUGGACAAUGCGGUAACCAAAUUGGUGCCAAGUUCUGGGAAGUUGUUUGUGCCGAACACGGCAUUGAUUCUACCGGACGAUACGCUGGUGAUUCUGAUCUCCAGCUUGAGAGAAUUAAUGUCUAUUACAAUGAGGCUACCUGUGGAAGGUUUGUUCCUAGGGCUGUUCUAUGGAUCUGGCCUGGUACCAUGGACAGUAUCAGAUCUGGUCCUUUUGGACAGAUCUUCCGUCCUGAUAACUUUGUUUUUGGACAAUCUGGUGCUGGUAACAAUUGGGCUAAGGGACAUUACACCGAAGGUGCUGAAUUGAUUGAUGCCGUUCUCGAUGUUGUUCGUAAGGAAGCUGAGAACUGUGACUGCCUUCAAGGAUUUCAAGUGUGCCAUUCAUUGGGUGGAGGAACAGGGUCUGGUAUGGGAACGCUUUUGAUCUCAAAGAUCAGAGAAGAAUACCCAGACAGAAUGAUGCUUACCUUCUCCGUUUUCCCUUCACCUAAGGUUUCUGAUACCGUUGUUGAGCCUUAUAAUGCUACCUUGUCCGUGCAUCAAUUGGUUGAAAAUGCUGAUGAGUGCAUGGUUCUCGACAACGAGGCUCUAUAUGACAUAUGCUUCAGAACCCUAAAGCUUACCACCCCAAGCUUUGGAGAUCUAAAUCAUCUGAUAUCAGCUACAAUGUCUGGUGUCACCUGUUGCUUGCGUUUCCCUGGACAGUUGAACUCUGAUCUUAGGAAGUUAGCCGUGAAUCUGAUUCCAUUCCCUAGGCUUCACUUUUUCAUGGUUGGUUUUGCACCAUUGACUUCACGUGGUUCUCAGCAAUACCGGGCUUUGACAGUACCAGAGCUUACACAGCAAAUGUGGGAUGCCAAGAACAUGAUGUGCGCAGCUGACCCACGUCAUGGAAGAUACUUGACUGCCUCUGCUAUGUUCAGGGGUAAAAUGAGUACUAAAGAGGUGGACGAGCAGAUGCUCAAUGUGCAAAACAAGAACUCUUCCUACUUUGUUGAGUGGAUUCCAAACAAUGUCAAGUCAACUGUUUGUGAUAUCCCACCAACUGGGCUUAAAAUGGCAUCUACCUUCAUUGGGAACUCAACAUCCAUUCAAGAGAUGUUUAGGCGUGUGAGCGAGCAGUUCACAGCUAUGUUCAGGAGAAAAGCUUUCUUGCAUUGGUACACUGGGGAAGGAAUGGACGAGAUGGAGUUCACUGAGGCAGAAAGUAACAUGAAUGAUCUGGUUUCUGAAUAUCAGCAGUACCAGGAUGCCACUGCUGAUGAGGAAGGAGAAUAUUACGAGGAUGAAGACGAAGAGGAUGUGAAUGAGAAUUAAUUUGGAUGAUGCCAAACCACAACUUCCUGUUGAUGGUCUUUUGGCUAUGGCAAUGUAAUGUGUCUUGAUAGCUAGUGCUAUCCUGUAAUUUUUCAAAGACAAUCUGCAGUGUUGUAAUAGUAGUACUUCAAUUCUGGUGGUUGUGUUCUAUCUUGGUUUUAUGACUAUUAAGUUUCUAUUGCUAUUUA